AUGGAAACCUGCAUUAGCCAACUCUCGACAACACCUAAUGCAAACCCGGCCUCUAAACAGGAGCCUCCUCCCACAAUCAUACCAUAUGAAUGCCCCACCACUCCAUCGACCGCUCGCCAUCGCCACCAGUCGAAUGAAUAUAAUACUACACCUGUCGCUCUAUCUUUUGAAAAACGCACGGAAGUAGCGUUUUUUUCAAGCGGACGAUACAUUGGCGGUUUACAAGCAGAAGAGUUUCUCGAAACCUUCUUACCCUACCAGAAUCCCAGUGCACGUCGCUUGAAAUUUGAAAUCCCGGAAAUAUCGGCUAGACCUCAUGCGAAAUGUUGCUUUACAACAGUCGGAAAACAAGCCAUUCGUCCAAGCACUCGAGGACUGGCCUCCACAGGACGGGGAUAG